AUGGGGCUCUCCAAACCCACGAGAAUCAAGAUACUCCUCGCCAUCGAUGUGAUCUUCUUCUUCGUGGAGAUUGUCGUCGGAUACUCGGUGCAUUCACUUGCGCUCGUCGCCGACUCGUUUCACAUGCUCAACGAUGUCAUAUCGCUCAUGGUAGGACUUUGGGCAGUCAAGAUUGCGAACCAAAAGACAAACUCCAAGAUGUAUACAUAUGGUUGGCAACGUGCGGAAACUCUGGGUGCUCUGAUCAACGGCGUUUUUCUCGUCGCCCUUUGCCUUUCCAUCUUCCUCGAGGCGAUUCAGCGAUUUGUUGAGCCACAAGAGGUAUCGAACCCCAAACUUAUUCUUGUGGUCGGCUGUAUCGGGCUUCUCUCGAACUUCAUUGGUCUCUUCCUAUUCCACGAUCAUGGUCACGGUGGCCAUUCCCACGGGCAUUCGGAUGAGGCUCAUGCCGCAGAGGAAGGACAUUCUCACACCGUUGAUAUGGAAGACCACACAGUAGCUGAUCCAAACGGAAACGUCGCCGAAGUGCUGCCACAAACCCGCGUUGGAGUCUUCCCCUCCGCCGUAUCCAACAGUACGAACGCACCCGAUCAUGCGCAUCGUCGAUCCUCGUCUAGCAAGCGCAUCUCCAAACGCCACCGCCGCUCCCUGUCUCGCGGCUACCAAACCAUCGAUGAAGUCUACGUGCAUCCCUCAUCCUUCCGUCACAGUAUUAUUGAGGCUGGUCGUAUGGAGGAACAAGAAGACUCAGGUUCGGAUGCCGACAACGAAAACGCCACCGAGGAUGUAGACGAGCCCACGGAACAAACCUCGCUCCUGUCAACGAGCAAAGGACCAGCUUCGCCCAAGAAAAAGCGAGAUUGCCAUACCGAUCAUAAGCACAGCAAGCCAAAAGAGAGCACUGGUGGACAUGGAGGCCACGGCCACAGCCAUGAUCUGAACAUGCGGGGCGUCUUCUUGCACGUUCUUGGCGAUGCUCUCGGAAACGUUGGUGUCAUCGCAUCUGCGCUUAUCAUCUGGCUGACCCCGUUCUGGUGGAGGUUCUACUCGGACCCGGCCAUCUCACUGAUUAUUACCGUCAUCAUCCUUGCCUCCGCUAUUCCUCUCUGCAAAGCUGCGUCGCGCAUUCUUCUCCAAGCAGUCCCAGCAGGUCUUUCGAUAGACGACAUCAAAGAUGACAUUACCGAGCUAGAUGGCGUCAUCUCGUGCCACCAUUUGCACGUUUGGCAGCUUUCGGACACUAAACUGGUUGCCUCGCUCCACGUGCAGGUCAACAUCGACUUCGAGGGCCAGGGCUCAGCGCGGUACAUGUCUCUUGCGCGAGAGAUCCGGCAAUGCCUCCACGAAUACGGUAUACACUCGUCCACGAUCCAGCCCGAGUUCUGCCUUGAUUCAUCACACGAUCACUCUGCGGGCAAUAGCAGCGCCGAAGAGACUGCUGUUGGGCCUAGGGCAUCCGGGCAGAACAGCAAGACGGGCAGUGUACGAGGAGACGCAGAAGCUUGUCUGCUCGAGUGCGGCGAUGCUUGCGGAAGCAGCAAACAGUGCUGUGACCCUGGCGUCAAGGGUUGCGCAGGCGCCAAAUAA